GAAGAAGAAAAAUGUACGCUUCCGGACUACUUCCGUGUUGUCAUGUUUGAAGUGUUAUUGAAAGAUAAAUAGCUUGAUAUCAGAUGAUAUAUGAUUAGACGGUUUUAUUAUCAGAAAUGUUUUCACGAUGAAACCAGAGAGAAACGGACAGUUUGGAUGACGUCACCCAGAGUCGUAGCAGUUAGCCGUUAGCAUAGUUAGCUCCGGUUGAACCUGCUUGUGAAACAUGGAGAGGUUAAUACCUGUGCUGACAGACAAACACGUCCUCUUCUCGGCUUCCUUCACCAUCAGACUGGCUUUGGUUUGUUAUGGAGACUACCAGGACCGGACCAUGGAGGUUCAAUACACUGAUGUUGAUUACCACGUGUUCACUGGUGCUGCGAGAUUCAUCACGGAGGGUGAGUCUCCGUACAACAGAUCGACUUACAGAUACACUCCUCUCCUCGCCUGGCUGCUCACUCCUAACAUCUAUGUGAGCGAGGUGUUUGGAAAGCUCCUCUUCAUCGUGUGUGACGUGCUGUCCGGUGUGCUCAUCUACACAAUCCUCCGUCUGAGAGCUCUGAGCUCCGAGACAGCGCGUCGUGUUUGUGCUCUCUGGCUCCUCAACCCUCUGCCGAUGGGAGUGUCGAGCCGAGGAAACGCAGAGUCCAUCCUGGCUGCUCUGGUGCUGGGGACUUUACUCUGCAUGGAAGCCCGGCAUCUAACAUGGGGAGCUGUACUUUAUGGUCUGUCCGUCCAUAUGAAGAUCUACCCCAUCACAUACGCUCUGCCUAUUGUUCUGACGCUCUGCAAACCAACAGACACGUCAGAGGAGCAUGCAAAGGGGUUCACGUGGAAGCUGAGGAGGCUCGUCAAGUUUCUAGGAAGCUUCCUGAACAGAGAGCUGUUCCUCUUUGCGAGUGUUUCUGGAGGAGUUUUCUGUUUGCUGACGGGACUCUUCUUUUACAUGUAUGGUUGGGAGUUCCUUCAUGAGACAUACCUGUACCAUCUGACCAGGAGAGACAUCAGACACAACUUCUCUCCAUAUUUCUACAUGCUCUACCUCACUGCAGACAGCAGUUGGAGUCCUUUACUCGGCCUGGCAGCGUUUCUUCCUCAGCUCAUCCUGCUGUUGGUUGCAUCGUGGGCCUUUCACUCCGACCUGUCCUUCUGCUGCUUCCUGCACACCGCCAUCUUUGUCUCCUUCAACAAAGUCUGCACUUCUCAGUACUUCCUGUGGUACCUGUGUCUGCUCCCUCUGGUCAUCCCUCACCUGAGCCUGUCACUCAAACAGGGGGCGGGACUGCUGCUCCUCUGGUUUGCUGGACAGGGUAUCUGGUUGGGUCCGGCCUACUUCCUGGAGUUUGAAGGUUUUAACACGUUCCUGUGGAUCUGGAUCGCCGGACUGAUCUUCCUGAUCAUCAACUCGUUCAUCCUGAUCCAGAUCGUAGUCCAUUACAAACCAACGCAGACGCACAGAGCCAAGGUCGAAUGACUAAAGGUAACGAUGGACUGAAGAUGUACGACAAUAAAGUUUGUAUUUUGUUAAA